AUGUUAUUUAGACAGCUUCUUUCGUCUGCAGAUUUGACCCUCGCUUAUGGGCGACGUUAUGGUCUAGUGGGCCGUAACGGUAUCGGGAAAACUACGCUUAUUAGUAUGAUUUCUAGUGGGCAACUACGAAUUCCGGCUGGAAUAACUUUGCUAUCCGUCGAACAAGAAGUCGUAGGUGAUGAUACGCGUGUCAUAGAUGCUGUAUUGGCAUCCGACUCCCGAAGGCAGGCUAUGCUUGAGAAGGAACACGUUUUACAAGCUAGGCUGAAUAAGGAGAACAUAUCUGAAGCCGAGAAGAACAAAUGGAAUGACGAGCUAUCGAAGCUAUAUGCCGAAAUGGAACAUCUGCAACUAGAUAAG